AGAUGGAAAGCCACGGAAUUACGUCAAUUUCUUUUGUACACUGGUCCCGUCGUCUUAAAACCAAUUUUACCGAAACCACUCUAUUUGCAUUUUUUAUUACUACACACAGGUAUCAAGAUUUUGACUCACAAAUUGUUAAGCCAACAAUUUAACGAUUACGCAAAACAAUUACUUGUCCUUUUUGUGAGUCAAUGUCGAGAACUUUAUGGGAAAGAUUUCUUAUCUUACAACGUACACAACUUGAUAAACCUGGCUGAUGACGUAAAAACUUUUGGACACUUAGACAAUUUUUGUGCAUUUCCAUUUGAAAAUCAUUUGCAGCAAAUCAAAAAGCUAAUCAGAAAACACGAUAAGCCCUUACCUCAAGUGAUAAGGCGAAUAAUCGAAAUAGAAAAAAUUUAUUGAAUGAAGCUGAAAAGGAAGAAGUAGGUGCCGUUACAUUAACAAGAAAACAUUUAAAUGGGCCGGUUUUGAACAAUUGUUCCGGUAGUCAAUUUAUGUGCUUGACAAUAAAAUCUUACUGUAAUUUAAAAUCUUAUACUGCUGCUGACUGCUGCGUAAUUCUUCAUGGCGAGACUAUUGUAAAAAUUUGCAAUUUUGUUCAAAACGAGUCGGGAAUAUUUUUUGUCGGUCAACAGUUUAAAGUAAAAAAAAAUCUGUUUGACUCGCCUAUUGAGUCAUCGCGACUUGGCAUUUAUGUAGUAAAUCAGUUGGCUGCCAUGCAUUAUUGGCCUGUAUCGCGGUUUAAAUCAAAAGCUGUAAUGAUUCCUGUUCGCGCCGAAAAAUUUGACAGUUUUGCCGUUUUCCCGUUAUUGUUUGAACAAAUGGGGCACUAAAUACAUCCAUAAUUGCGUAUGUCCUUCCUAACUUCUUUAAGAACAAUUAAUGGCCUACCUAAUCUUGUUAUCCGGCAACUAUGCUUUACCCUACCUUUUACAUGUGACUGACUGCUGUGCUGGAGAUAAUUUGUCUGCAUACUUUUUAUAAGACCAGGAUAAAAACAUCUUCCUUAACAUUGCUUUUAAUGAUUUUUCAUAUUGGAUAAUUCUUUGUGUCACAUCACUCAUCAUAGUGUGAUUAUAAGCCCUCUGACUUUGGUAAAAAAAAGAAGAUCAACAUUUUUUCCAGAUGUUUUGUGUCGUCGAAUUUCUCGAUGAAGGUAAAGGGAGUGCAGUUGAAAUCGUGCCAAAGUCUUGGUGUGUUGGACACAAACAUUGUUGGUGGCCUCCAUCACUGCAUACCGCAGAUGACUUGACAAAGCUUGUCAUGAAAUCAGGACCGAUAGAUGAAUCCACAUGGACCAUACACAGUGCAGCAGUCCUUGCUUCAUACAAUAAUUAUGGAGAAGCUAAUGUAAAUGUUGCAAAAGCUAUGAAAGGCUUGCCAAUUCAUAGCAGUACUGACAUCGAAGAUCUGGGGAAACAUAAACGGAAGCGGAAAGCUACAAUGAAGGCAGCCUCAGCCUCCUCGUCUUUCUUGUCUCGUAAAUCAGUGAUUCCAUCGCCAGCAAACGAUCCGUUUUCUAGUGAUGUGGGCGAUAGUUACGUGCAGCCACAAUCAUCAGAUGAAGACAUGGAUAUUCAGUCUACACCCAUUAGUCAACGCCAAAGCGAAGCACACGAUUCUCAUAUUGUACCUCACAAUGUCGGUACUCUUAGAGGAAGGAAGAAUUGUGGGCUUCCGCUAGUUCCUACCGCACUAGGGUUAACAAAUAGGAUUUGCACAAAAGACAAAGCCCACAAAACGAGCAAUCACACCCCAUCAUCGCUAAAUUCAGUAUUGCAAAGCCCCAUCCAUGACAUCGGAAGCCAAAACAGCAACACCUUUGAAAAUGAUUACCAGUCGACCUCCACAUCCACCGAGCUGAGUAUUGCGGCUGCUAGGCCAGUUUACGCAGUCCGCACCAGAGUUUCAAAGACAUUUCCCGUUACUGAAUGUACGCGGUUAGCAGACAGAGCGGACUUAAGGUCAACUAACCAUACCACUACCCCAGCUUCGUCUCUAUCAGAGGUACAAGGUUUAUCGGCAUUGAUGAGGAAAAUGGAUUUGAUAAUAAGAAACCAGGAAAUCAUCAAAGCUACGCAGCGGGAACAUGGGCAACUGCUCGAUAUUGUACUUAAAAAUUCGUCAUCUCCCGAGCCUGAAAUAAAAAGACGCGCUGCGCCAGUUCGGGUUCAAAUUAAAAACAUUCUCUGA